UGCUGUUCGUGAUGUUUAUGUAGACUUCAUGUACAGCUCAGGUGAUUUUGAUGCACGUGAGAAAAUGCACGUUGGGGACCUGUGACGAUGCCUCCUCCGCAUUUAACAUGCAAUAACAUGUUUAUGUUCCUGCAGACAUCGGCCCCAUCUUGAACUCCGAAGUGUGUAUAUAUGCAAGGCAAGGACGGUGAUAUCUGAUCACCAAUAUCCCAUUCUCUCGAAUCUCACACAUCGACUCAAAGACAAGAACACCGCAACAAUGGUCACCCUCGCCUCAACCCUAACAACUACCCCAUGGUUCUUCGAACCCCUCCAAAUCUUCGCAACUCUCGGUGCCGCAGUAAACUUUGGCGGCUCAGUCCUCCAAUCGCCCUUGAUCAUGCCCACAUUGACCGACACAACCGUAAACGUACCAAUCCACCACACCGCCCAACAAACCUCCUACCUCCUCCACAACAGCGAGCACUUUUUCCCACCUCUAAACGCUUUAUGCUCGGUCUCAAACCUCAUCCUCACGUCCACUGCUUUCUUGAAGUCUCGCGAUGGCAAUCUCAUUGCAGAGGCAAAGUUCCCAAAGUUGGCGGCGGCUUUUGGGUUGAAUGUUGCUACUACGGCGUGGGCGUUGUUGAUACAGGUGCCGAUGAAUAAGAGGAUGAGUAGAUUGGCAGAGAUUCUCAAUGAAGGUGUUGCGGCAGGAAAGGAAAGGGAUAGUAGGCAAAAGGCUGCGGAGAAGGAGUUUAGGGAUUUGCAGGUUAGGUGGGCGAGGUUGAAUUAUGGAAGGGCUGCUAUUAUGAUUGCUAGUGCUGUUGCUAGUGCUCUUGCAUUGGUUUCUAAGCCUUGAUAUUGAGAUGAAGUUGUUGUUCGGAUCAUGUUAUCGUUGUUUCUUCUGAAGGCCCAAGUUGAUCAGAGGAGAUAAGAGUGAAGCCAGAGAUAUAAUGCAUGGGAUGCCCGAAUUCGACCUCCUCCUUCGCUUCUGUGUGUCUUCUAUUUCCUCCCAAAUACAACAAUUCAUGUAGACUAGGAUGGUAUGGUCUUCUGAUCUUUGCGUCGUAGCUUUCGUAACACUCUAGAGCACCAAAA